AGGAUAACAUAGUUUGAAAUUUCGUAUAUAAGAAUAUCGCUCAGGCCGAAUUCGUCAAAUCGAAGAAUCAUGCAUUUAAGAUUAGUAAUAUUUUGUUCGUUACUAUACGUUGCAAACAAAGGGGUGUUUUCAUCCCCUGUAAGUGGAGCACAGUCCGAAGAAGAUGAUUUAAUAGUUGAAUUGGAGAAUUUGGGCAAAAUCCGUGGACAUAUUCUUCAAAGUUCCGAUGGAAACGAUUUCUAUGCUUUUCAAGAUGUUCCUUAUGGAGAAUCCAGAGCAGGAAGUAACAGAUUUAAGCCCUCAAACCCUCGUGGUCCAUGGGAAGGAGUAUUAAACGCCACCGAAAAUAAGAAGAUGUGUCCACAAGCAUCGUUUAUGAAUAAUUAUUUGAAAUCUGACUCAGAUCUAACUGAGGACUGCUUGGUUCUGAAUGUGUAUACACCAGUAAAACCCAGUUCCGGUAAAUCAUUACCAAUAUACUUUUGGAUUCAUGGUGGAGCUUUUCUUGUUGGUAGUGGUUCAAUGGACUCUUUUGAUCCGAAGUAUUUGAUUGAUUACGAUAUAGUAAUAGUAACAAUAAACUAUCGACUGGGAGCAUUUGGAUUUUUAACGACACUAGAUGACAGUAUACCCGGUAAUUUGGGACUUAAGGAUCAACUUUUGGCCCUUAAGUGGGUACACGAACACAUUCAUAAAUUUGGAGGGGAUCCCAAGCAAAUAACAGUAGGAGGAGAAAGUGCUGGAAGUAUGUCCACUGGAUUCCAAUUGUUAAGUAGAGCAGCUAAAGGGUUAUUUAGUGGGAUUAUCCAACAAAGUGGGUCACCCUUAGCUCGAUUUUUCUAUCCAUCUAACGACAGAGAACUGGCAUUUGAAUUUGGUAAAACUUUAAAUAGUUCAUUUACAUCAACCAAAUCAAGUGAUUUAUUAGAACUGUUGCAACAAGCAUCUUACUCAGAUUUACUUGAUGUUCAGAAUAAGUUUGCACCUGGUGGAACUGUGGGAUUUAUGGAUGCUUUAUAUUAUAAGCCAGUUCUGGAAGAUGAAAGACAACGAUGACGCCUUCGUUACCGCACCCAUGCAUGGUGCUGUACUAGACGGCAAUUUUAAUUUAGUGCCUAUUCUUUUGGGCAUCAAUUCCGAAGAAGCUUUAUUUUUCCUUAAUCAAAUGCAGAAUGCAACCCUUGAAGAAAGAGCCAAAUCAUAUGAUAAAAGUCCAUCAAAUCUUGUAGCAGAAUCCCUUAAUGUAGCUGAAGAAGACAAAGAGACAGUUGGCAGCAGUCUAAAAGGGAUAUACAAUUUUUCUUCAUUUGCAGAAGAUAGAAAUACGUUUGUAAAGUACACUAGUGACGAAGCUUUUACUCGAUCAAUAAUACGCCAAGCUGAAAGUGCCUCCCGAUAUGUACCUGUCUACCUGUAUGAGCUAUCAUGGUUGCCAGACAACAGUACAGAGAUGGGAGUACCGCAUGCAGCUGAUUUAUGGUACUUUUGGGGUGGAAGAACAAGUCCUUUUGACCCAAAUAGUGAAGCACUCCGAAAACCUCUUCUAAAAUUGUGGACUAAUUUUAUUAAAUACCAAAAUCCCACUCCAGAGUCGGAUGAAGAACUUCAAAACGUAAUUUGGCCAGAAGUUAAACCCGAUGCUGUGAAGUACUUAGAUUUAAAUAAUCAGUUCACAGUUCAAGAGAAUCCCCGAAAUUAUUAUAGUUUUAAAUCUUUGUUGGACCAUUACAUAAAUCCACCCUAUAUAAGUUAUUAAACUUUAGAAUAGAAAUACACAUACACCGAAAUAGAAAUAAACAUAUACAAACAUU